AUGGAGUAUUAUGAGCUACGCAAAUUAGACGAAACUAUACCUUCAAAAAAACAGAAUCAAUUCGCACCUAGACACCCAUUUAGAUUAUUGGUUGCGGGCACCUCUGAGUCUGGAAAGACGAGCAUGGUAGUACAUCUGCUCCUAGGAAGUAAAUAUCCAAAAAUAUAUCCGUGGAUGUCUG